AAGUGUGGGCAAGUGAAAUUGUUCCUUCUUUCUGAAACAGCAGUACUCAGUUCAUCCGCCCCUUUCCCCCCUGCCGGGCAUAAACGCAGUGGUUUGUAUCUCUGACACAGACACACAAGCUGUGCAAUUCUCGCGAUUACUUCUCCUACUACCAGCAGAAUCCUAAAUCCUCGUUUCUACAGUCGAUUUUGAUUGAUGUGAUUAAAUUAUGGAGAAUUCCCAAGAUCCUCAAACCCUUAUAACUGGAAAUCAUAAUGCUACUCAAUGCUCUCAGUCUCUGCUACAAUUUAACAUUGAUGCUGGCGCUCAGGAUGCUGUUUUGCAUGAACAAGAACUUGCUACCCAAAAUAUCAUAAGGACCCAGAGAGAGGUGGCAACUAUCACAUCAUCUUCCAACCAUAAUUUAGACAUAUUCUCUGCCCGUCAUCACCCCAAUGCUUUGAAGGAACAUCUCUUGAAUAUGGCCACUGAGCAUAGGUCUGAAAUAGCCGUUAAGCGUGGAAAAGCUGCACUUCCACAAGUCAACACAGAAAUAGGCAAUGGAUAUGGUGUACCUGGUGGAGGUGCCUAUAAUGAUAUUCACAAGCUUAACACUGAUUCUGAUAACAGUGCAUUCAGUCGGCCCGAAUCUAAACUUGAUAGAUGUUUAGAGCAGACAUCUGCAGGUAAAGAAUUGCCUGAGUUCCUCAAGCACAAGUUAAGAGCUCGGGGUAUUCUUAAACAUGAUAUACAUACCCAACAUAUUAAAGGUGCUUCAGCUGAACUUAGGGGAAAUGAAAAGUUGCCUACAGGAUGGGUGGAAGCAAAAGAUCCGGGAAGUGGUGCAUUUUACUAUUAUAAUGAAAGUACCGGGAAGAGUCAAUGGGUAAAACCUUGCGAAGCAUCCUUAACUGAGCAAUCAACAACGUUUUUGAAUCUUACGGAAAAUUGGGUGGAAGCAUUGGACGAAACAUCAGGUCACAAGUAUUACUACAAUACAAAAACUCAUGUAUCACAAUGGAAGCAUCCAAAUUCUGCUCAGGAAAUUGUGUCAGUUGGUCACGUGGAUGGCGGCCAAUCAUCUAAUUUACAGAGGUGCAUGGGCUGUGGUGGUUGGGGUGUAGGCCUUGUGCAAGCAUGGGGUUACUGCAAUCACUGCACGAGUGUUUUCAGUCUUCCACAAUGUCAGUAUUUGUCCUCAAAUUUGAAAAAUCAGCAAUGCAGUGCUGCACAUCCCACCGAAAGUUCUGAUAAAAUCACUACCAAACAGAGGUCCAGUUGGAAACCUCCAUUUGAUAAAGGAAAUAAAAAAAUGAGCAAGAAGCGCGCUCUUGAAGAGGAUGACGAGUUGGAUCCUAUGGACCCCAGCUCCUAUUCAGAUGCUCCUCGUGGUGGCUGGGUGGUGGGUCUGAAAGGUGUGCAGCCAAGAGCAGCUGACACAACAGCAACCGGUCCUCUGUUUCAACAACGACCAUAUCCAUCACCCGGAGCUGUUUUACGAAAGAAUGCUGAAAUUGCCUCCCAGAAAAAGAAACCAAAUUCAAAUUUUAUUCCCAUGUCCAAGAGAGGCGAUGGGAGUGAUGGGCUUGGUGAUGCAGACUAAUACCAUCUUUAUCAACACAAACAUGUUCACCUUUGUCAUGUUAUUUGUAAGUUAGCUAAGGAUGCAUUUUGUUGUGAAAACCAGUUUUGCUGUUGUGCAAUAAUAUUCUGUGGUUUUACUGGGAAAUACUGGGGGGAAAGUAUCGAUUUUGAUGCGUGACUGGACAGAAGAUAUCUCUGUACCACAUAACUGGUGUUUAUAAACUUUUGAGGCAAGUGAUGAUAAAACUUGCACUUAGCUUGGUAAUUCACGAGCUGACCGAGAAGCAUAUGAUUUUUCAUGAAUUGAAAGUUCAAGAGGACCUCAAGAUUGGGAACGAAAGCACCUUUCAGAAUUUUCAAUGCUCUUUUCUUUUUGUUAAUCUUUGGAUUUUCCUGUGAAUCAUAUUUAUUAUUUAAGAAAUAUAAGGAAUUUUUUAACCCA